AUGGGGAUCCCGAUGAUUGUCUCGCAAUGGACACCAUUUGCGGAGGAGGCUCAGCCAGCGAUCAAAUCCAUCCCGCUCUGGGUUACUCUCACGAAUAUUCCACCAACAAUGUUCACCAAGAAGGGUAUAAAAUUUCUGGCUAGUGCAGUUGGAAAGCCUAGAACAUUAAAUCCGAAGACUGAAGCUUGUGUUAGCUUUGGUGAGGCGCAAAUCCUGAUUGAAGCGGAUUUGACAAAGCCAUUACCAAAAGUUUACACUUUCACUGGUGAGGAGGAAGGUGAACUCGAUUGGGAGGUUAACUAUGCUUAUCCUUGGUUGCCUCCAAGGUGUAGUGAAUGUCAGAAAUGGGGUCAUCUGCAGGACUCUUGUUUGGCAGGUGGCACACAUAUUGCUGCUCCCACUUUAGUCCAGGUUGCUGUGGACGAGCAGGAAACCAGGAGUCCGCUUCCUGUUGUGCCACAGGUUGUGCAACAGCCGCUUGUGGCAACAGUAACAGAGAGAGAUCCAUCUGCGAGUCAGACGGUUGACAUUCACAAACCGAUUUCAGAUGAGACUCAGGGGUGGACCACACCAAAAUCUGGCCGCAGUUUACCUCGAAGUCAAGAGAAGCAAAAGGUUGAUGUUGUUUCACCUCUAAAAAAUGCUUACUCUGUCUUGGCAACAAAGGAGGCAACAGGGCAAGAGGAUCUGGGGGAUGAUACGCAGUCUGAUGACGUAGGGGACGAACCUGCAGCACAUGACUGUAUUUUAGCAAAUGUUAGCAAACGGCGUGGUCGUAUUUGGGUUAUAUGGAAGGACACUGUUAGAAUGACACCUUUUUAUAAGAGUGAACAAGUGAUAACUUGCUCUGUCAAGCUACCAGAUCGUGAAGAGGAGUUCUUUGCAUCAUUUGUGUAUGCCUCCAAUUCAGUGGAGGAUAGGAAGAAGCUCUGGAAACACUCACGCACUGAAGACAGUUCCAUGGUCACCUCGGGGAUGCGGGAUUUCCAGGAAGUUGUGAACUAUUGUUCCUUUGCAGAUAUGGGAUCUCAUAUUCCGCUCUACACAUGGUGUAAUAAACGAGCAAAUGAUCUCAUUCUCAAAAAACUGGAUCGGGUAAUGGUAAAUGAAGCUUGGAACCGAUGUUAUCCCCAAUCUUAUAGUGUAUUUGAGGCAGGAGGCUGCUCUGAUCAUUUACACUGUCGAAUUCAUCUCUCUGCUGCAGUCAAUACAAGGGUACGAGGGUGUCAGCCAUUCAAGUUUGUAAACGCCCUCUCUAUGAUGGAGGCUUUUAAACCAACUGUGCACACAUACUGGACUGAUACAGAACCAAUUUCCCUAUCUACAUCUUCUCUGUUUCGCUUUGCAAAGAAAUUAAAGGGUCUUAAACCUCGACUGAAAGCGCUAGCCAAGGAUCGUCUUGGUGAUUUAGUUAGGCGAACAAGGGAGGCAUAUGAUACUCUUUGUCAUAAGCAGUUAGCUAACCAAACACAUCCUUCUCAGCUUGCUAUGGAAGAAGAACAUACUGCUUAUGAAAGAUGGGACCGCUUGGCAGUUACUGAAUAG